CCUACCCCUCCUGCGUCCCCACACAGCUGCUCAGAAAUGUGACACUCCCCCUGUCUAUUUCAAGCUCUCUCAAGGCUCAGGGACACUAGCCUCUGCCCAAUGUGACCUGGACCAACCUUCUUCCCAUGACAAUGGGAGCUGCUCAACACAGGAGAGACAGGAUAGCAGCCUCCUCACCAGACUGUACCUCCAGGCAUCUCCGUUCAUUUUUUCCCUCUUAUUAUUAUUGCUUUCUUUCACAAUGUCCAGGCUGGCCUCCAACUUGAAUCGAUCCUUUUGCCUCUGCCUCCCUCCUGAAUGCUGGGAUUAUAGGCGUGUGCCACCAUCUCAAGCUUUGUUCUGUUCUAAGGAGCCAAGGUUCCAGCUGGAUCCCUGACCCACCAUGUGACCUGAGAGGACUUUCUGCCCCUCUCAGGAUCCCUGGCCCGUUACCAGAUUUGACUCCACUUUUUGGGACCUUGUUGGCGCUCCAGGUGCUGGGGUGUAAGAAAUUCCCCAAGCCAGAGGCUGUCCCCACACAGCAUUUGCUGUCCCUGCACCUACCAGUACUUGAAUCCUCCAGAGAGAGGAAGGGUGGGGUAGGUAGGCAAGGGUGUUAAUGCUCUUCCACUUCCCAACCCAGCCUUCCCACCACAGGGACACAGUCUGCUUUCCUCUUUAGUCAUCAAGAAGGGAUGGAGAACACAGGCUGUUAGGUGAAGGAAACUUUAUUUGGUUGACAGUCCGCGGUGGUGAAGGGAUGGUGAUUGUGUAAACUCAUGAGCGGGACCCGAGAGGCCCUUGGCAGGUUUCAUAGGUCAUGCUUACCCUAGCCCCAGCAGGUGGCAUCUCUUAAGCCCUGAUGUUCAGAACAUAUGCCCUCCACCUUCCCAUAAACUGGCCCCUUCUCCCAUUACCUCCAACUGGGCAUCUGAAAUUCAGAACUGGGUUAUUUUUAGUCAAGCCCAAGGGAGGCGUGAGAGAGAGCUGUGUUUACAAACACAGGGUCACCUGAACCGGAGAGGUCCAGAAGGCAGCUAGGGCUUCCUUCUACUCUUCCCUACCGACCAGGGUAGGGAGACAGAGUGUUAGGAAUAGGGAAGGAAGUGGGCGCAGGGGGUCUUUGAUGCUGGUGCACGUGACCCAACGUGUGUCGUAUGCAAAUUGUAUGCAAAUAAGACAGAUUUGGCGACUUAACAUGAUGUACGAGGAGCGACCCUCGCGGGGUUUCGUGGCCUGGUGGUCGGGUGCCCUGGCCCUGGCCAGGUCCCAGGGCCACCGGAGAAAGGGCCAAGCCUCACAAGUCCCUCCUUCAGCCUUGACCUAGCUCUGAUCUUACAGAAAGAACCUGUCACCCAAGGGAAGGAGAGUUUUGCCCCUCAACCACUCAAGGACUCUGCCAGUCCAGCUCCCACGCCCCUGUCUGUUGUUGGGGGAAGAUAGGUGUCGGGUUACCAGUCCAGGGGCUAUAGUUAGCCGCGGGGACUUUGUUCCGCAGUCCGGGAUCUGCGCAGCGCCUGCCCGCACCUCAGCCCUAGUCUGCGGCAAAAAGGAUCGGAGCCCUAGGCUACUCUCGGCCUCCGCCACCUCCAGGUAGGUCCUCGUCCCCGCCCCGCCCCUCUGCAGGCGGAGCCAUAUAACUGCCCCACCUAUACCACGGCAAAGAAGUCCUGGAGAGCCUGGGUGAGGGGCCAUCUAGUAGUUAUAGACGAGGGCUUGAGAUGGGGACAGUAAAGUCCGAAGCCCUGCCUAUCCUUAGAUUUGUCCUUGGCCCCGCCCCACAUCACUUCUGAAUUCCAGUCCUUGACUAAGGACCCUCAGGGUGCAGGAGGAAGGUCCUGGAGCCCAUCCAAGCCAGCACCCCGUCUCCACUGGCCUCAUCAUUAUCUGGAUCCUGCCAUCCUGGGAGUCCUCCAAGGAUGAUUCUGGAGGAUCUGCUGAUGGUCCUCAGUUGUCUCGGCCUGCACACCCUUUGGAAGGUCCAAGCUGUUCCUAUCCUGCCCCUGAGCCUGGUUCCAGACACCUUCGAUGAUGCCUACGUGGGUUGCUCCGAGGAGAUGGAGGAGAAAGCAGGCCUGCUGCUGAAGGAGGAGAUGGCCCGCCAUGCCCUGCUCCGGGAAUCCUGGGAAGCAGCCCAAGAGGCCUGGGAACACCGGCGGCACACGCUCACUCUACCUCCUGGCUUCAAAGCCCAGCACGGAAUAGCUAUUAUGGUGUACACCAACUCAUCCAACACCUUGUACUGGGAGCUGAACCAGGCUGUGCGGACAGGAGGUGCCUCCCGGGAGCUCUACAUGAGGCACUUCCCCUUCAAGGCCCUGCAUUUCUACCUGACCCGGGCCCUGCAGCUGCUUCGGGGCACCCGAGGCUGCAGUAGGGAAGAUGGGGAGGUGGUGUUCCGAGGCGUGGGCAGCCUUCACUUUGAACCCAAGAGACUGGGGGACUCUGUCCGAUUAGGACAGUUUGCCUCCAGCUCUCUGGAUGAAACUGUGGCUCGUGGGUUUGGUAAUGCCACUUUUUUCAAUCUAAGGACUUGUUUUGGGGCUCUUAUCCAGGCUUUGUCUGUCUUCCCUGAGGAGCGUGAGGUGCUGAUACCCCCACAUGAAGUCUUCUUGGUCACUGGGUUCUUCCAGCAUGGAGCCCAGAGCAUAGUAACUCUCUGGAGUUAUAAUCAGACCUGCAGCCACUUUAACUGCGCCUAUUUGGGUGGGGAGAAGAGGCACGGCUGUGUGUCCUCAACAGCAGGAGGGCAGCCAGAGUCAUCCUCCACAGAGGCCUUGGCUCUGCAAUCAGGGAAGACGCUGCUCUUGGACCCUGGGGAGUGGCAGCUCUCGAGAGCUGGACCCUGAAAGCCUCUUGGAGUCUUGGGAACUGAUGACCUUUCCAUGAAGACGGGCCUUUGCGUGGCCUGGAGAAGCAAGAGUGUGGUUCUGGUUCUAGGGCAAUGGGCUGCCUCUCCAACCAGGGUUGGAGACCUGAGGCCGUGGCAGGGUUGGGGGAACCCCACUAUGUGGUGGGGACUUCCCAGGACAUGCAAGGUCAAGACUGGAUGGCUACUCAAUUAAACGGAGUUGUGGUAUAGCGACA